UCUUGACAUUAAAUAAAUCUAAAGGGUCUGCUACUCUGUUUUUGCUAUCAUCGUAAAAUAAGAACUCCAUCACUCAUCAGUCCAUCUCCUUUCUAGUUUCUACAUCUUGAUCUUCCUCACACGCCAAUAUACAAACGGAAGGUUUGAAGAAGAUUCAUACUCGUACCCGAAAUCAAAGAAACUAGUUUGCAUUUGCAGUUGUUUCAUGGAAUUUCAUCUGAAAUUGGGAAUCGUAUUGUCUCUGCUUGUUGGUAUUAUCGAUUCCACACAUUCCUCUUCAUAUUCUUCUGAGUUGGGAAGCCAUAGAUACAUCACAGAAGCAUACUUUCAUAAACACAACACCAUAAUCGAUCAAGUUUUCCAAGAUUUCAUAACCAAUAACCUCCCUCAUGACUCCUGUGAAAUGCUGCAAACUAAACACAAUUUCAUCCCAAAACUAUCACUUUUAGGGCGAAAUUUAAUUGGUGAAGGUUCUCACAGGCGUCUAACUUCUUCCAUUAAAAUCAAAAUCCAUCAAGAAAUUUCAUCUAAUCUCCCAUCACUCUCCUGUAAAGCCAUAGUUAUUGAAAGACUCCCCUCUGGAGUAUUCGCUGACCCAUUCGAGCUUCAACAUCUUACUCAACGUGGUGUGUUUACUGAUGCUUCUGCAUUCGGGGACACUGAUUUAGAAUCACCUACCAUAAGGGCAAAUCGGUCAAUUAUUGAAAUUCACAUGGAUUUGAACCCUAAAAACAACAAUUGGGAACUCAAGAUUCAGCUUCCAUUACAUGCGCGUUAUGCACCUUUGGGAGAAUAUGGUUAUACAAGAAUCGAAUUUGGGUCUCCUGAUUUGUUUCUACAAUGCACUAUUGAAGGGGACCCACAUAACAAAAGCUGUUUAAUUUCAACCAAUGACAAUGAUGUCAGUCUUACGUCAUCAAAUGUUGCUUCUAUUUUAUGGGAAGUACCUUCUGGAAUUAUGGAACAUACAAAAAUUGUCUCUAUGAUUACUUUUAUUUCAGCUUUUGUAUCUGCUUUCUCAAUUUUCAUUGCAUGUGUUUAUUAUCCAAACACUGAAAGCUACAUUAAUUUUAAACAAUCUUAAUAUGUUACAAGUUUCAUUACAUCAAAA